UCGCAACUCUGGUUCGACUACUCGGCCUGCGCCAGGCUGGAGUAAUCGCUGCCAUAACCACUUCACUUUAGACUGUAAACCUAGCUAACUGCACAGGCUGCAGUGGAAGAUGGCAUCCUCGGAACAGUCAGAGCAGAGUGGACCUCCAGGUAGAGAAGACUCUCCACCACGGGAAGCUCUGGUCGCUACAGCGGUGAAGUUCUUGCAGAACCCCAAAGUUCGUCAGAGUCCCUUGGCUACCAGAAAAGCGUUCUUAAAGAAAAAAGGUCUGACCGAUGAGGAGGUGGAGUUAGCUAUCCAGCGCUCUGGCAGUGUUGAGGAAGCACUGGCUCUGAGUCCAUCAGGAUCUCCUCACAUCGUCCACAGCCCAGUGCUCGCUCCUGCAGCCUACAGUCCCCCUGGUUACAGAUGGAGAGACUAUGGUGCCCUGGCCAUCAUCAUGGCAGGAAUGGCCUUUGGCUUUCAUCACCUGUAUCGUAAAUACAUCCUUCCCCUCAUUAUGGGCAGCAAAGAGGACAAGAAGCAUCUGCAGAGGAUCGAGAGCAGCAUCGUCGACAUGAGUGGCACGCUGACACAGACAGUGACUCAGUUGCAGACAACUUUAGCAUCAGUGCAGGAGUUGUUGAUCCAGCAGCAGAAGAAGAUCCAGGAGCUGUCUCAGGAGCUGGCUAACUCUCAUGCUUCCUCCACUACCAACCGCAUGCUGGAGUCGCAGAGCAUCAGCGAGCUGAAGGCUGAAGUCACUUCAUUAAAGGGGCUUUUGCUCAGCAGGAGACAGUUCCCUGCUUCUCCAUCCCUCCCCAAAAUCCCAUCCUGGCAGAUCCCUCUGAAGCCAGGAGCCCUGUCCAACUCUCCUUCGGUCAACCACACCAACAGCAGCAGUGACAUCUCGCCAGUCAGUAACGAGUCAGCCAGUUCCUCUCCUGUCAAAGACGGCCACAGCUCGCAGGGCAGCGUGUCAGGCUCCCAUGGCUUGAAUGGAGAGACCAGUCUGAGCUCCAUACUCGCCCUUGACCUGAAGGACCAGGUUCGUAUGGAGGUGCAAGGUGAGGAGGAGAGGAAAGAAGACAAAGAAGAAGAAGAAGAAGAGGAGGAGGAGGAGGAGGAAGAGGAGGACGAGGAGGACGACGUGACCCAUGUGGACGAAGAGGAGGAGCACCUGAGUGUUCAGACAGAAGACAGGAGAGGUGGAGACGGACAGUUUAACGAGCAGGUGGAGAAGCUGCGGCGUCCUGAGGGGGCCAGCAACGAGAGUGAGGUGGAUUAGGAAAGAGUUUUGCUUUAAAUUCUCUCUUCCUCUGUUUGUUCCCCCCCUUCGCUCUUUAAUUCGAUCACCUCCGUUUUAUUCCGACACACAACCUCAUAGCUCACUGGGACGAAGCAAAUGCAGUGUAAUCUCAUCAUUUGUGUUCAGGGCCUUCAUGUCGUGACUUUUCUGUUCAUCAUACACACUAAAGUAACAGCUCAGACGUUCUAGCGUGCCUGGGCAAGCACAGUACGUAUCAUACAAUGUGGAAUUAGACAGUGACAGAAUUCUGAUCUUCUGUGUAUAAUUAAAAACACUGUAUCCACAGCCAUAGCUCUCAUCAUUUCAGACUUCCCCUGACAAGACAAUAGUAACUGUAGUUUCUGAUAAUGUACAGGAUAAGGUCUGUACUGUAUCCAUACUGUAGAUCCAUGCUAGUUAAUCCAGCUGUAAUUAAUUCAUUCAUUCCAAACGAAAGCCUACAGCAACAAAUCAUGGACACCAAAGAAUCUUUGAAUCUUUGUCACGUGACCUAAUUUCGAGUUUGCGAGCUGCUCUGUAUCACCGUCAGCCUCCAUCUUUCUUGUCUGGACUUUAAACAUCUGUUAGUUUGUCGUUCGCAGCACUCUCUCUCAGCAUAACGUAACGGCGAGCCGCAGCAGCAGCUAGUACGUCUGGGGGAAGUCCUUGUAAUUUCCGAUUAGAGUGAUGAUAGGUUUAUUUCCUGGUGGUGUUGAGAAUUGGAGCACACCGAGGAGCCAGAUAAACACUGUUUUUAAUGCUCUCUGUGUGAGUGAGGACUGCAGACGGAGACAGAAUAACGGUGAAAAGGAGCGCCUCUUCGCUUUGCGUCUCUCCCGUUUCCAACUGGGCAGCUGAUUCGGUUUAUGAAGUAUGUUAAUAAUCAAAUGAUCGACAAAUAACAGAUGUAUUAGUUCAUGCAGCUUGAAAUGUCAAGGAGGCUAAAAUCGCAAAUCUAAUACCGAAAGCCUGUUCUAUUGUAUUAUAUUACAUGACAAAGCCUCCAGUCGAAAUUAUACCGGCCUCCCACAGUGAAUAAUCUUAACAUGAAACGGUGCCGGGGCUUUGUAAUUAAACCAUGUAAAACAAUGGAUGCUUCAGCAGAGGUGCAGACAGAGUCGGGCUUCUCUCUUUGUGGGUCUUUUUCUGUCCAAGUCCUGAAGAAAAAGGAAAAAAAAAAAAAAAAGCCCACAGCUGAUGCAAAUGGAGAGUAACGUAUGAAUACUUAACUAAUAGAAUUACUCAUUCGCCAGCUGAUGAGAAAAAAACGAGAAAGAUCCUGGAGAGAGAAUUAGAGACGUCUGCUCCAUUCUGACAUUUUCACUUUUAACAAAUGGCCUUCAGAGUAAUGCGAUUAUGGCCCGAGCAGGUGAAGCGUUGUGGGCUGUGGCAGCGGGUGCUGAGCCGCCCCACCACGGAGGAUCUCCGCCUGCCUGAUGACAUGCAUCUCAUUAUGGUCUAGAUUAGAGAUGGCUUAUACCGAUGGACUAUAAAGAGGUAUUCCUGUGCUAUAGGAUAGUGAAUAAGAACCUUUAUUCAUCUGAUAUACUGUAAUACCAGGUUAUAAUAUAAAAGGCUUACUAAUAACUAGAAAAAAUGGAGGGAAUCGGGUUGAGCAUUAAUAGUGAGUGGGAAGAAGCCUGGAAAGUAGUGGUACAUACCAUAAGCGUGUGUGCACUCGUUCAUGUUGCGUACUCAUCCAUGUGAACUUGGAAGAACUGAUACAGUCUUCAUACUGUACCGCUCGGUGGCAAAUAUCGCGAGUGUGUUGCAAUGAAAUCCUGUUAAAGCAAUUUUAAGAGAGAGAAUGUAAAUAUUUGUAAUAAAAUUGAUUUAACACCUGCUU